CUCAUUUCUCGUGCACCUCGGUGGCAGCAGUCCGCGAAAUUUCCAGUAUGCAUGAACACAAGCUGGGAGCUGCUUUCUUCAAACACAGCGGGACUCACGCAACUGUCUGACUGAACUUCACGCUCUUCUCACCUGACGGAUGUUUAACUCUUAUCAGAACAUACAUUUAUAUAGUAAUAUAUAUACACCGGUGUAUGUCAUUAACACUGCAGUGGAGACGUUUAAACUCAGCUGAGGUGAGGGAGGGGAAAGACUGCCCCUUGCAAAGAAAUAACUUGUGUAAAAUGUGAGGUAUGUGCACAGCGUCCUCCUGUACGACCUCAGUCCCGCCGACAACGUGAGACCACUGGGGCAAUUCACUUCAUCUUGGAGCCUAAAACCUGAAUGAUCAUGGACAUGAUGAACUUAAAGGUUCAGUGCGUUCUAGUUUUCUUCACUUUCUAUGUGCACGAAGGAUUGUCGAGGGAUUAUGAAGCAAACCUUGGAGCAAAUUUUCUUUUACAGAGAGUAAAACGUCAAAGCAAACCAACGAAACCAGUGCUGAAGGUGACAGACUACCACGUGAAGUGUUCAGUGGUGUCCCGCUAUGCUGUUACCACGGUCCAGAGUUCAGUAUGGAACCAGCUGGCCAUCACCAAGGAGGCUGCCUUUGAGGUGGACCUGCCCUCCUCUGCUUUCAUCUCCAACUUCACCAUCACCUCCAAUGGCAAGGUGUAUGUGGCCCAGGUGAAGGAAAGAGCUGCUGCCAGGAAAAUUUACGAUGCUGCUAAGAAGCAAGGAAAAACAGCGGGACUUGUUGCUACAAAAGAGAGGGAGAUUGAGAAGUUCCGUGUUGCAGUGAGUGUGCCGUCAGGAGCUCGGAUGUUCUUCUCCCUGUCCUACGAGGAGCUGUUACCUCGUCGACUCGGCCGCUAUGAGCUCAGUCUGGGUCUGAGGCCGGGACAGCCUGUUCAGAACCUUACCUUAGAUGUCAGUAUAACGGAGCGGACGGGCAUCAGUUUCAUCAAAGUCCUUCCUCUCAAGACAAGCCGACUGCUCUCCAACACGGCUCAAGGUGAUGCAGACGCCCCAGCCUCCACUCAUGUUGAGCGAAGCGCUAGCUGUGCUCGAGUUCACUACAGUCCCUCUCUACAGCAGCAGAACAGCAUCUCCUCCAAAGGUCUUAACGCAGACUUCAUCAUUCAGUAUGAUGUGGACCUCAGAGACCUCAUGGGUGAAAUCCAGGUGUAUGAUGGGUACUUUGUGCAUUACUUUGCACCGAGAGGGCUUCCAGUGGUUCCUAAGGAUGUUAUAUUUGUCAUUGAUGUCAGUGGCUCAAUGAUAGGGACUAAGAUAAAACAGACCAAGCAGGCCAUGAGCACCAUUCUCGGGGACCUUAGAGAGGGAGACCACUUCAAUAUCAUCACCUUCUCAGACAAGGUUCACACUUGGAAGAAAGGACGAACAGUGCGGGCAACUCGGCAGAAUGUACGAGACGCCAAAGACUUUGUGAAGAGGAUUAUUGCAGAAGGAUGGACAAAUAUCAAUGCAGCUCUGCUUUCAGCUGCCCAGCUUGUCAACCCUCCAUCCUCUUCCAACCAGCUCUCAUUCCGUCGUGUUCCUCUGGUAAUUUUCCUUACCGAUGGGGAGGCAACCAUUGGAGUAACAGCUGGUGACACCAUCCUUAGCAAUGCCAAGAAGGCUUUGGGCUCUGCCUCUCUGUUUGGCCUUGCCUUUGGUGAUGAUGCAGACUUCCUCCUUCUCAAACGCCUGGCUCUGGAUAACCGAGGCGUGGCUCGAAUGGUGUAUGAGGACGCAGACGCUGCGCUGCAGCUGAAGGGCUUCUAUGAUGAAGUAGCCAGCCCUUUGCUAUCAGACAUCCAGCUGUCAUACCUGGAUGAUCAGGCGUUUGACAUCACCCGCUCCCUGUUUCCAAACUACUUCCAAGGCUCUGAGUUGGUGGUGACUGGGAGGGUCAAACCAGGGCUAAAAGAUUUAAAGGUGUCAGUGUCCGCCACUGAUACAAAACAACGUGUCAAGCUGGAAAACGAUGUGUUUGUUUCCAGUGCAAAGGGGAAUGCCAGUGCAGAGUCACCAAACUGUUCAGCAGGCCUCGAAGGAAUCUCCAGCUUUGUGCACCGUCUCUGGGCGUAUUUCACCAUCAAAGAGCUGCUACUGGCCAAACUAAAUGCUACUGACCCUGCAACUCAAAGGUUACUGGCAGAAAAGGCCACAAAUCUAUCCCUCAAAUAUAACUUUGUAACACCAGUCACUUCUUUAGUUGUUGUAAAGCCAGACGCAGAUGAACCAGCUCAAACUCCAACCACUGCAAAACCCACCACUGCAGCCACAACAACCACGACUGCGACGACUACUGCUACCACCAAAAUAUCAGCUGCUGGUGCUGCAAAGAAGCCCAGUUCACCUUCAAAUCCGAAGCCUAACAAAACAAAACCAGACCCUCCUCAGCCACCUCCAAAUACACCACAAACUAAAAAAAACCCAACUUCCACAGCAAAAACUGUGGUUUCACCGUCCAAGAAAAGCACAACAACCUCAAGUCCCAGCUCUGUCAAAACUGCCCCAGCACCAUUCUCUGGAAAAAAGCCCACUCCUUCCCAAAAUGAAUCCAAAACUGCCUCUCCUCCUCCUGCUGCUAAGGUACCCACAUCUCUGCUAAAUGCUCUAAAAACAGCAUCACCCCCUGCACCUGGAAAAGUCUCCACCCCCCAGCCGAACGCCUUAAAAACAACCACUCCAUCAACAACCACCACAAUGUUAACAUUCACCACCAGUACCACACCUCCCCUGAGUCCAGUUAGAACUGGCCCCGCACCUCUGCCAGGAAGACCCCUUUCCCCACAGCCCAGUACAGUGAAGACAGCCCUCCCUCCUGUCAAAGUGCCUGUGCCCUCCACGGAGGCAGAAAACAGCACCACAUCUGCUCCAGAUAUUCCUCAGCCUGAAAUCACCACCGCUCCACCCUUGCUGCUGUCUCCGCUCACCUCUCCCACCCCAGCCCCGGCUCCGGCUCUGGAAGACAACAACACAAACUCAGAGACAGACCUGAGCAUCGCCACCUUCGUGUCGGCUACCUUUGCUCCUAUGCCCGGUGUAACAGAUGGGCCACGACUGUGGGAAGCAGCAGGUCUUCUGGAUGUCUCUACUUUCAUUCAGAGGAAAGAUAUUGACCUUGUGAAAGACUAUGAUGCAACCUAUGACUAUGACUACGAUCUCAGCUAUGAAGCCUGGGAUGAUACUGCAGACACGGGAUCAUUUGAACCUCAGUCCAGAUUGAGCACCGUCCGGGUCUUCUCCUCAUCAGUUGAUGGAGAUCCUCAUUUUGUGGUCCAGCUGCCAAAGGUGCAUCAAAACUUGUGUUUCACAGUAGACGGCAGGGCUAAUGAUGUUCUCAGACUGUUAGAGGACCCAGAGAGAGGGAUCAUUGUCGAUGGCCACCUAAUGGGGGCCCCCUCCAAGCACGGUGUAGAAGACCGACCCCGAACCUACUUCGACCAGCUCACCAUUUCCUCGGCCACAGGUGGCUCUGGUGACAUCACGAUCACCCUCUCACUGGACGCCGUAGUGGUGGAAGGGGAAGGGCGGGAUAUCCUUCCCAUCAAUCAGCAGGGGUCUGUGAAGAGGCAGGGUGUGAUGGUCUCUGUGGACAACCAUCAGAGCUGCUGGGUGGAGCUGGCCAAGGAUGUACGGUUCCUGGUCCUCUUCCACCACUAUAAACACCCCAGCUACCUACAGAUGGCUCACCUGGGCUUUUACAUCACAGAUGGACGGGGAUUGUCUGCUUCAACCCAAGGCCUGCUGGGCCAGUUUCAGCACGCUGACAUCAGUGUAACCGCAGUGAAGGAUUAUCUGGAUGGAGGUGCUCACAGGGAGUCAAUUUCAGCCAGGGGGAUCCUGAGGUGGGGAUCAGAGCACAUGCCAGUCACCUUGCAAGACAAGACUCUGAAAGACACUGUGCGGAAACGCCACACAGGCAAGUGCUGGGUGGUGCCCAAGGCAGAGAUAGAGAGACUACUGGGUCAUCCAUACGAGAGUUACGUGGUGGAUCAUGUGUAAUUCUAGCCGAGUCAGCUCCACCUUGUUCCCUCUCUGCUGUACAGCUCAGUUCACAGCAGUUAUGAUGGUGUGGUUAUUGGACAAAGGAUGAGCAAGAACUGGGACUCCGUCAGGCUAUAAUGACAUGUUGCCAGUCUCUGAAUGAGACUGUAAUAUUCUGUAAGGAGCAGUAAAACACAGGUGUGGUUACAUAAGAGGGAAGUGACAGAUUUAGAGACUACAGUGAAUAGGAAAGCUGCAUGUAAAGGAGUAAUGAGGACGCACAAGUCGACAAAUAUAAUGACGGACUGAAUGACGCUGCUGUUCUCUCCAUCACUGAAUUCGAAUUGCAUCCAAGCUCUGUGUUCUGUGAGAGACACAAUGUUCUCCUGUUCGCAUGGCAACCGCAAAAUGUCCAUUUGUGCUGCAGCAGUUUGCUCCAAAAUGUUGUGCACACUAACCCUGUUCCCAACUUCAAAGAUAUUUAUCAGAUUAUUCUUAGAUUUCAUCCUGGAGUGAUUAUUAGGCAACGCCAGAUUCUUCUACUUCUGAAUCAUCUGUAAUUAUUAAAACUGUAUCAUUCUGUAAGUUGUAUUUUUUUAGUACGAGUGUAUAUAAAAUAUUAUUGUGUGUAUGUAUAGAUAAUCUUCCCACGUCAAGUUAUGCAUCUUCAAAAAGAAAAACAACGAAAUCAGGGUUUCCAGGUUUGCCAUGUGCUUUUUAUUUUUCUAUCAUUUCAUCCAUAGUUUAAUUCAUUUUAUUUGUUACACAAGACAUUAGGCAUUGUUCACAUACUAGUGAUCAAACAAGGACAGUAAGUUUUCUACUACUCAGCCUGAACUAUUUCUUUUGUCAAUUUCAAGGGAUAUUGUCAAUAGUGGUUUCCAAAGGCCAAACUGGAUGGAAAUUAAAACAGUACAACCACA